UGCAGAGUUCCCUCGGUACCCGUCUAUCCAGGACAGCACCCAGCGGCACGAGCUGCCCAUGGGCACUGCCAUCCGCUGUGCGGGUGCCCGUGGGAGGGGCCCAGGUGCCCUAUCCAGGGCGAGUUGCUGCCUCACAGGCCCAGCCUGUCCUGAGCCCUGGGCCCGUCUGGUCAGCUUCCCCUGUCGUUAGUCCCCUGAACCAGGCCCGAGGGGGCUCCCGGAGAAGCUUUGGGUUCUAAGUCCCAGCCCCUCUCAGAGGAGGCGGGCAGCCAGAGGCUUCUCAGCUCGGAGCUCCGGAGCCAGAUGUAACAUUGACCUUAAAUGGUAAAAGCUCCCCAGAGUGAAGAGAGGCUGGCCAGAGGAGGAAGGGGAAUAACUCAGUUUUAGCCUGCGGAGCCCAGGCCUCUUGGAGCAUCUUUGGGGCUGACACAGCAGAGGUUCCGGGCACCCGCGGCCACUCCCGCCAGGAGGCUGCCAUGCCCCACAUUCCCGAGGAUGAGGAGCCCCCCGGAGAGCCACAGGCAGCCCAGAGCCCUGCCGGUCAAGGCCCUCCCACCACGGGAAUAUCUUGCAGUCCACCCACCAUCGUCCUGACUGGGGAUGCCAGUUCACCGGAAGGAGAAACUGACAAAAAUCUGGCCAACAGAGCACACAGUCCCCACAGGAGGCUUUCUCACCGACACUUGAAGGUUUCCACUGCUUCGCUGACUUCUGUGGACCCUGCGGGGCAUGUCAUCGACCUGGUAAAUGACCAGCUGCCAGAUAUCAGCAUCUCAGAGGAGGACAAGAAGAAAAACCUGGCGCUGCUGGAAGAAGCCAAGUCGGUGAGUGAGCGAUUCCUGACCCGCCGUGGGAGGAAGUCCAGAAGCAGCCCUGCAGAGUCCCCGUCAGCGAUUUCCCCAAACCUCAGCCCUGGAGCUUCUCCUGCACCUUCUCGGAGCAACUCACUCACUGUCCCCACGCUGCCCGGUUUGGACGCAUGCAGUGGCCCACAGUCCCCUCUACCUGGAGCUCCAUCACAGAAGGGGGAUGAGGCCGAAGUCUCUUCACCUCACCUUUGCGAGCCUACUAUCCCCAAAGGGCUAGCUGACCGGAAGCAGAAUGACCAGAGGAAAGUGUCUCAGGGCAGGCUGAGUCCUCGUUCUCCCACAGUUGAAAAAUCCAAAGAGAUUACAAUAGAACAAAAGGAAAACUUUGAUCCCCUCCAGUGCCCUGAGGCCACAUCCAAGGGCCCUGCUUCUGGCACAGGCAGUGGUGGGAAAAUGGCCCUGAACAGCCCCCAGUCUGGCCCUGCUGACAGCGAGCUGGGCAAGCUGCUCCUGAAGACAGCCAAGGAGGGUAACCCCCUGCCCAGAGGUCCAGCCCAGGGCUCUGGAGGCGCAGCUCCCCCGGCUCCCCAGGGAAAAGGCACAGCUGGAGAGCUGACAGUGCCCAAGGUUGGCUCCAAAGCGGAACUGCGGCCCCCUUCUUCCCGGCCGCCCCUGCUGCGGGGGGUCUCCUGGGACAGUGGCCCUGAAGAACCGGGCCCCCGGCUGCAGAAAGUGCUUGCCAAGCUGCCACUGGCAGAGGAAGAGAAGCGUUUUGCGGGCAAAGCCAGCAGCAAGCUGGCCAAGGCACCUGGACUCAAAGAUUUUCAGAUACAAGUGCAGCCUGUACGGAUGCAGAAGCUGACCAAGCUCCGCGAGGAGCACAUCCUGAUGAGAAAUCAGAAUUUAGUGGGGCUCAAGCUUCCAGACCUUAGUGAAGCGGCUGAGCAGGAAAAAGGGCUCCCUUCUGAACUCGCCCCAGCUGUUGAGGAAGAAGAGCUGAAGAGUGGACUGGACGUCAUGCCCAAUAUUUCUGACGUGCUGCUACGCAAACUGCGGGUUCACAAGUCUCUCCCUGGAAGUGCCCCUCCACUCACUGAGAAGGAAGUUGAGAACGUGUUUGUACAACUGUCCUUGGCCUUUAGAAAUGACAGCUACACGCUGGAGUCUAGAAUUAACCAGGCUGAAAGGGAACGCAACCUGACAGAGGAGAACACUGAGAAGGAACUGGAGAACUUCAAAGCUUCCAUUACGUCCUCAGCUUCACUCUGGAACCACGGUGAGCACCGGGAGACCUAUCAGAAGCUGCUGGAGGACAUCGCGGUCCUGCACCGCCUGGCUGCCCGCCUCUCCAGCCGAGCUGAGAUGGUGGGGGCCGUCCGCCAGGAAAAGCGCAUGUCGAAAGCAACAGAGGUGAUGAUGCAGUAUGUGGAGAACCUGAAGAGGACAUAUGAGAAAGACCAUGCGGAGCUCAUGGAAUUUAAAAAACUUGCAAAUCAGAAUUCAAGCCGCAGCUGCGGAGCCUCUGAAGAUGGGGUUUCUCGGACAGCGCGGUCCAUGUCCCUCACACUGGGAAAGAACAUGCCCCGCCGGAGGGUCAGCGUUGCCGUGGUUCCCAAGUUUAAUGCCCUGAACCUGCCCAGCCAACCUCCCAGCUCAUCACCCAUCCCUUCCUUAUCAGCCCCGUCGGAAUCACCCAAUGGGAAAGGUAACCUACCUGUUGUCACCUCAGCACUGCCUGCACUUUUGGAAAAUGGAAAAACAAAUGGGGACCCAGAUUGUGAAGCCUCUGUUCCCAUGCCGACUCCGAGCUGCCUGGAGGAGAUUAGCGAGGCGAUCAAGGCCAAGAUGCGGGAAGAAGCGUACAACAAGGGAUACCAGGAAGGUCUAAAGAAGACCAAAGAGCUUCAAGACCUAAAAGAGGAGGAGGAAGAACAGAAGAGUGAGAGUCCUGAGGAAGCUGAAGAGGCAGAAGAAACUGAGGAAGAGGAAAGGGACCAGAGAAGCAGCAAACUUGAAGAAUUGGUUCAUUUCUUACAAGUCAUGUAUCCCAAACUGUGUCAGCACUGGCAAGUCAUCUGGAUGAUGGCCGCAGCGAUGCUGGUCUUGACUGUUGUGCUGGGGCUGUACAAUUCCUAUAACUCUUGUGUGGAGCAGACUGAUGAGCCCCUUGGGGGAUCCACUUGCUCAGCAGCCCAGAGGGACUCCUGGUGGAGCUCAGGACUCCAGCAUGAGCAGCCAACAGAGCAAUAGGACACCUGACAUCCAGCCAGUGCCCUGUUCCAGCACAGCCCACCUUCCUUUCUCCAGGUAUAGUGCUGUGAGGCCUGGGUGUGGUCACACUGCCUCCAGCCCAUCAGGGAAUAAACAGGAGUUCUUUCACACUGGGCACCUCUGUGAGAGCUGUUCAUACACAGUAACUGAUGUUCUUGAAGGAUCAACAAAACUGCCCUGGAAAAGCAGCCAGUGGAUGAAGAAGUCACCUUCACAAAGGGACUCUAACAGAAGGGAAGGUCGCCUGCCCCUGGUUCAUAUGGCCAGGAAAACGAAAACACCUUCACUGCAGGGGAGUGAAGGUGUUUUCCUCUUUGCAGUAGGAAAUCAGGAAGAAUUGUGCCUAAGGCUAACUCUGACCCUGAGGAUCAGGCCUGGAAUUCGGAGUUACAACAUGAAUAUCUUCCCAUUUCCCAUCUCAUUCUCACUGACUCUCCUUCUGCCACUAUGGAGUCAGAGUUCCUCUUUACAGGAGUAGGAAAGUUUUCUCAGAAAAACAUUUAGGCUGAAAUUAGCUCUGUGUUUGAAAUGGGAAGAUAUGAAUUAAUAUAUAUGCAUCUGCGCGCACACACACAACACACACACACAUAGCACGCAUGUGCAUGAAGCCAACAACCCUCCAAAUCUAUGCUCUGGGUGUGUGUUCUGGAUAAAGUCAACCCACAGAUUUUCACUAGGUGUGGGGCAGUCACCAGGCACCUGUUCAAUGAACUCUCCACGUGGAUUUAAGAUGUUUGAAAAACACUGAAAACUCAUGGUUUCAAUGGUAAACUUGCUGAUCUCCAUUUCAAGUGCUAAUUCUAAGCUGCUGUAUAGCACAGUCUAUUCCCUAUAUGUUCUCUCCCAUUGAGGGCAGUUAACCCACCUCUCCAGUGAAUAAGGAGACACGGUGUGCUUUAGCUUCCGUGUGCCCAUGCAAGUGUGCAGCUGCACCUUAGUGCUUCAGUUCAAACGGAACUUCCAACCCAAAGAUAUGUUUCAGAGCAUUCCCAAUUGUUUCGCAUAAUCCUGAGAGAGGACGGCCCACCUUCAAUUUGACUUCUUGCUCCACCUUCACAGCCACUGCCUUCCUUCAUCCCUCAUCAGUUUUGGGGGCUCUUGGUUUCUGUGUGGGUUUUAUUGUGGUUCUGCUUUUGUUUUUGUUUAGUUGUUAAUGUUGUUUGUUUUUGUUGCUAAUAUUCAUAUAGAACUUACUAUGAGACAACCACUGUUCCAGAUAUUACAUAGGUAUUAAUUCAUUUAGUCCUCAAGAAAAACAAAAAACUAUGAGGUGGGUACUACUCUUCCCAUUUUCAGGCAAGAAAACCGAAGCACAAAAACCACAAGGAACUCUCUGAGGACACCGAGUUAGUAAAUCAUGGGGCUGGAACUCAAACCCAGGCAGGCAGGCCAGGGGCUGUGCUCUUAACCACUGCCUCUAACCACUGUGCACUAACUUGCCUCUGCCAAUGGUCUCCUAGCUGGAUGCCUUAUAUUCCAGUCCCUCUCCCCCAUGUGGCCCUCCAGUCCCUCCAAAUCAUUUCUGGUUCCCAGACUAACCUGUGUUCUCUCACAGCUCUGUUCCUCCACUCACUCAUUUUUCUUCUGCCAUUCUCUUUUCUUCAGGACCAAGCGUCAAAAAUCAUCCCCUCCAUAUGGCUUUAAUGACCUCCCUCCAACUCCCCACCAUACCCCACACAAUAGAACACACCCGCCUCUGUUCUUUCUUUUAAACAUCUCCAUUAUUGACCAUUACAACAGUGUAUCACAAUAACUUAUUAUGUGUCUGUCUCCCCUAGCAUUUUUUCCUCACAGACAAGAACCAUGUCUUACCCAUUCUCUGGGUAAGGGCCUAGCAUGGUGGCUAAUGCUUGGGAGGGUGUCAUUAAAUGUUGGUCCAAAGAACAAGAGAAACUUCGAGGUGGCAGAGAGCAGCCUGGGGACAGCUGAUAUUUUGCAUACUUCCCAAUACCAUCGCCACCACUGUCUCAAUAAGAAAAUAACAUCUUUAUUAGCCCCAACUUAUUCUAAUAUUUUUCAGUCUACUCUGAGAGAAAGCAGAAAGGAGGCCUAACUAGCAACAUCACUUCCAAGCUCAAGAACUGGGCUUGAUGUGACCCACUUUAAAGCAGCAUGUUGAUUUAAGGGGGGCAUCAUUUACAGUGGCUAGAAAAUCACUGCAAGUGAAGCCCAAGCCAGGGGUUGACCAAGGAUGUGCCAUUAAGGUAAAGAGGUGCAGAUCAAGGCAGGUGAACUCUGGGGACGUGGGUGGAUGGUUUACCCUGCCCCUUCCAGGGAGACCAGACACACUGAAGGAGUUUUAGGCCCUCGAAGCCGAAGACAGGAUUCAAAUAGAGCUCUUGAGAGAGUGGUUAUGAGACAGGAAUCUAGGCUGAAAUGUCCAGCCUCGGCCUCCCUUGAAGAAGGACCAGGCUGAGCUGGUCCAUUGUCUACUUGGCCACAGGGUUACACCUUUGUUUUCAGUUGAGAUAAAGGCCAGGGAAGGGGGUGCAGUGAGCUCCAGAACCUCCGCCUGCUCCACAGAAAGGCCAGAAAGAGUACUCCCAGACCAGGUCCUCACCCAACCUGCUUUGAGAGUAAGGAAGGUUGAGGAAAAGAAGGAGCAUAAUACAUUUCCAAGUGCAUUCCCGAAAAAGUAUGCGUUGGUAUUUCUUUUCUGAAAAGCAAAGAUUGACCUGAAGCAGUUGGAAAUGUUGCCAAAGCAGCAGUGAAAUAAAGAGAAACAGGCCCUGUACUUCCAACGGUGAUAUUGAUCUGAAAUAAAAGUUCCCCUCAAAACGCCUCUAAAGUCUGACAUUUCUGCUUAGCCCUGGGAUUCUGGGUGCUUAUUCUCAGUUGCAGAGUGAUGUGAUGUUUGUGUUAUUGAUGAUGUCACCUUCUAAAAGGACCUUCACUUUGCAGCUACUAAAAACCAAUAUGUAUUGCUCCCCAUGUAAAGCCUGGCAGAGUAAAUGGACAGGGAGAUGCGGAAUUUGUUGUCACUGGCCGUCAGUUCCUAAUGUUGUUAAUCCUCAUGCAGGUGUGCUAGCAUUGAACUAUAGAGUACCACGUGCCUGAGUUUGAAAAUAAAAGCACAUU